CCUACAGAACUCCUCACAAGUACAACCACUUAGCAAGUCCAUCCAUCUCAUCAUCUACAUCUGAGCUCAGCACUACUACUAUUGCUAGCUUGAUCAAGAUGGCCCGUGCUGCAGCUGCUCAACUCGUGUUGUUCACCCUCGUGGCAGCAAUGGUCCUCACAGCCACAGACGCUGCAAUCUCCUGUGGCCAGGUGAGCUCUGCCUUGAGCCCCUGCAUCUCCUAUGCACGCGGCAGCGGCUCCAGCCCACCUGCGGCCUGCUGCAGUGGUGUCAGGAGUCUGGCCGGCGCAGCGCGGAGCACCGCUGACAAGCAAGCGGCGUGCAAGUGCAUUAAGAGUGCUGCUGGUGGGCUCAACGCUGGAAAGGCCGC